AUGCUGAUAGUACCUUCGUUAAUUUGUCCUGACUGGAAUACAUCAUCCGAUGGAAUAUUUAAGAAAGAUACUGAAUAUCUGUAUUGCUCUGGGCGAAAAAUAGAACGAAUGAAAAUUGCAACGAAGGAAAAAAAGAGAAACGAAAUGGAUAUUACAUCAAGUGCACCGAGUGGGGCACCGGGAGCAACCGGUUUCUCCAGUUGA